AUGUUUGAUGAAGUGUGUAAAUCAAUUAAUGCGAUCGAUGAAUUUUUUGUUGAUGAUCCGAACAACCUGAGAGAAUAUAAUUCUUUGAAUAAAUUAAAUAUGUAUUUCUCUUAUAGUAACUGUAGUAAUGAUGACCCAAAACUUAUUUCUGAGUUUAUAGUAUUGCUAUCUUUAUUUAAUGGUAUUGAUAUUGGUGCGAAUUUAGAUAGUGAUAAACUUGUUGAAUACGCUAUUUUAUGGUUAAGUUAUAAACUAAAUCAAAAAACACAAAACGGAACGACCAAAUUAGACGAUUUUUAUACUAAUAAUGUAGCAAAAAAUAGGUGUUAUGAUGAGAAUAUAGGUACUGCUAAUAACAGUAAGAUUAAAAAGGAUGUUAUAGAAAAACAAAUAAGAUCGAUGGAUAUUGAUAUUAAAGAUAUAUCUAAUUUUUAUGAUGCAUUUAAAUCAUUAUGUAACAUGUAUAGUGAAAUUGGUGCAGAAAACUACCAAUGCAAUAAAUGUUUAGAAAAUGCUGGAGAAUUGUUUGAAAAAUAUGAAAAACUUAAAAAUGCUUUAGAUAUUAAUAAAGGAAGUUCUUAUUAUAAACUAUUGUCUAGUUUAUCAAAUGAUUAUAAAAAAUUUGAAAAUAAAUAUAAUAAACAUGCAUGUAGUAGUAUCUCACCACUUGUAGCUUAUCCACGAAGUUCAGUAACAAAAAAUAUAAUAAUUACAAUUGCAAUUAUAUUUGUUGCAGCAUCAAUUUUAUUGGGAGUUUCUUAUAAGUAUUCGUUAUUUGGAUUUCGGAAACGAUUUCAAAAACAAAAAUUAAAAGAACAAAUAAAAAAAUAA